GAGACUUCCCCAGGAGUUGCUGAAGUGACUUUUGUGGAAAAGGAGCCAGCUGAACGCCACACAAUCGUCUCUUGGGAGCAACUAAGCCUCCCAUCCCUGAUCUCCAUGAGCACAGGAUCUACCUACCUUGAGCUUGCCUUGUGGCUGUGAUGUGGGAGAGAUGGGGAAGUGGAUCCAGCAGAGCCAGUGCAUGUGGAAAGCUAUGUUUCUUCAAGCUGCGUGAUGGGGAACAGGCUGGAGGACUUCUGGGAGAAAAACUCCUGUAUAUUACCUGAGGAUUUAAAGAACUUCUAUCUGAUGACUGAUGGCUUCCAGAUGACCUGGAGUGUGAAGACUGAUGAUACCCCGAUGCCCCUGGGCUCCAUGGUGAUUAACAGUGUCUCGAAACUGUGUCGGCUUGGGGGUUCCUCUAUGUACACUCUACCUAGUGCUCCAACUCUCGCUGACCUGGAAGAUGACACAGAUGAGGAAGGUAAUGGAGACAAACCAGAGAAGCCACACUUUGAUUCUCGUAGUCUUAUCUUUGAAUUAGACCCAUGCAAUGGGAAUGGGAAAGUCUGUCUUGUUUAUAAGCAUGCUGAACCAGUGGUCUCCCCAGACACAGAGAUCUGGUUCCUGGACAGAGCUCUGUAUUGGCAUUUCCUCACCAAAACCUUCACAGCCUACUACCGCCUGCUCAUCACCCACCUGGGUCUCCCACAAUGGCAGUAUGCCUUCACCAGCUAUGGGGUCAGCCCCCAGGCCAAGCAAUGGUUUAACAUGUAUAAACCCAUAACCAUCAAUACAGCUCUCCUGUCUGAAGAAGCUGAUUCCUUUGUGAACAAGCUGGACCCCAAUAAGGUAUUUAAAAGCAAGAACAAAACUCCAGUGCUCAAGAAGAAACAACCUUCCCAGCCACCAGGCUCCCAAAAGAGUCACACAAGCAUGACCUCUGCCAAGACAUCCUCACUAGCUGGGAAUUCUUCAAGGAAGUGAGCCCACUAGACAACAUUUGCAAUAAGCUUUGAUGUUUUUUGCUGCAGAGUCUCUGUGGUUCAGAGCAAGUUCCUUGUGCAUGAAGAGAUGUGCCCAUGGAAAACACAUUGCAGCACUUGCAUGAAAUAUAGCCACAAUGUGGAUGUAGUUCCUGGAGGCUCUUUAAAAAAAUUGAUACAUCAAUUUUAUUCCCUUCUGCUACUUGCAGCAUGUACUUUUCAGAGGGCAUGAAGAAACCUUUGAUGUCACUGCUCCAUAGGGAAGCUUUUGUUCCUGUACAACUGCAGCAGUGAAAUGAAAGUAGAUGUAAUUCACUGUAACUUUAACAGACCAAUGCUGAAGUAGAGGGUGUGAAGAUGUUUCUGCCAUGUCCUUUGAAAGAAAACUGUCCUGAUCUUGCAUGCUGUGGGAGCAGGCUGGAACCCACUGAACACAGAAGUAUUUUUCACUCCAGAUAGAAUCAAACUCUGCACUUCCCUGUGCUUCAUCCAACUUCUGCUCUGACAUUCAUGGUACAAUGGAACUUGUGACUUCCAUGUCUCUGCAUUAGCCUAGCCACUAGCUCUGCAGCCCAGACCACUUUUUGGCCUUUGUGCUGUAUCUUUUCAGAUGGUGAUAUGAUUUGCAAUAAUCCUGAAGUCAGAAGCUGCAAGAUCCUUUGUUACCUCCCUUUGUGGGAACUGCUGAGCAGAGAGUCAAUGGUGUUGAGUCACAUCAGCCAGGAGGACUCCUUGGUUUGUCAUACAUUCAUUUGCAAACCUGACCAUUGAAAUAGACACUUUUCAGUUGGGCAGGAUCUCACCAGGGGCCACUGAGAUCCUACAGCCUUAGAAGCCCCUGAUGCUGUUUUCUAUACUGUAAGUUUUCAGGUUAGAACUGCACUUUAACCCAUUCACUGCUGGUUUUCAGUUACUCCUGUUUAUUUCCAUUACUUUUCUAUGCUAUUCUGUCUUCCAAAUACACUGGAAUCAUGGUAGCACCCAACACAUUUUGUGCCUGAAUAUGAAAAUCAAAAUCACUGUCUUCAAGUAAGCAUUUACUAUUUAAACAGCAUCAUCUCUAAUUUUUGAAAAACCACCACAUAAUUACACAAGACAAACAUACCUCACAGGGAUGUUGUGAGGCUUUCAUGAGUAUUUGUAUGGCCUUCAGAAAAAUGAAGCCAUUCUGUAAGUGCUUAAUAGUAUUUUAAUAAAUAUUUGAAUAUUUUCCUCGAAAGUGAUUGGGUAUUUGAAGAUACUUUGGAGAGCACAUGGACACGGGAUGCAAAGAUAUAUGGCAAGAGCAGUGUUCAGGAUGGAUUGUUUGGGGUGUUUUUUAAUGCGUUAAAGAAUCUCUCACUGAGAAGGGAUGGGUUACAGUGCUUUUAGCUUGUCCCUCUUGAGCUACUCAGAAAUUGCUAGUUUAUUUCACACAGGCCAGAAGACUGAACUUUGUGGCAGCUGUUCUACUUCUGGCCCGCAGUCACUGUACAAAGUCUCUGCAGCCAUCAGCCACUGCUCAGGUAUAUUUUGCUGCUUCCAGCACUGCCAAGGGCCCACCUUCAAAUGCCAUUGCUGCAUGGCCUAGCAGCCACUCUCUGCCACUCCCAGAUGACAAGAAAUCCUCUAAUGCACCCUCUCAAGCCCAUGGGCAUCUUGAGACAGGUGAAGAUCUGUUCUAGCUGCUCUAUUGACAUAAAGUGAGCUCUUAUGAGAAAGCACGCGUCAGUACUUCCUACCCAACCCUAUCCCAUGCCAUAGCAAUACCUCAGCUAUGCUUUUAAUAUUGGGAUAGGAAUGACCAUUAAAGCCAGUAAAUGCCCUUUUCUGGAAUUCUGUGCAGUAGUGAUGUUCCGUCACUUCCUGCUCUUGGAGAACUCUGUUUUGUUUAUCCAUGGCACCCAGCCCUGGGACUGCAGUUAUGUGCUUGACAUACAUUACCACACUUGCUUAAGCACUUUCUAGAAAAGUUCAGACUAUUGUCACCCUCGUGGGAACAGGCAGCUUCUGAUAGUGUUCUGCCUCUAAUCCAAUGACACCUCCAACUUUUAAGACUCUUGCAGGCCCACUUCCUCAUUCAGAUGGAGAUAGCAGAAUUCUUGCAGCAGCAGGGCAACAUCUUACAUUUCUCAUGCAUUCAGAGUAGGAAAAAAGUUUGUGGGGGGCAGUUUGUUCAAGAUUUUGGAGACACUGUCACAGAAGUUCCCUGACUUCUAUUCUGUGGUGGUAGUUGGUGUAGCUCAAGUCUAGAGUGUCAGUACACACAUGGUUCUUUGCUGCCAGCAUGUUCCAGCAGAACUGUGGCAGGAUUCAGGAGACCCUGUAGUUUAGUUCAGUAAUUUCUUAAUGCUUCCUGAAUGUUCAGAUUAAAAAACAAAAACAAAAAAAAAACAAACAAACAAAAACCACCAAAAAAAAAAACAACCCAACAAGUUUAUGUUUCUAUUUUAGACUGUUGUUUUUCUUCUCUCUUCUGUGCUGUUCCAAACUAGGUAUGUGGAUAUGCAAAUGAAGCAAGCCUAGGCCCCGGUCUAUCGCUGUAGUGUCUGUCUCUUACCAAAGAAUAUUCCAGAUCAAAAUUUAUGUGUUAAUUGACUUAAUCAUGUUGUAUCUGCCACUGUUGAUGCCUGUAUUUUGAUUCAUAUGAAUAUAUACGUAUCUGGAGACUUGUA